AUGGUGUGAUAUUACGGAAUGCUUUAAUGUGUUUUUCGUGGCCGGUGAAAGGUAGCGCAAAAUUAAUGGGAGAAGUGACUGAUAACUCGAGCAACCAGCAUGGCAGUUCAAUAGCGAACAACAUGUACUGUACUUCCCCCAUUUGUUAUCUGAGCUCUAGCGUUGCGUUAUGGAAUGGUAAGCUAUAAUAGAAACAAUGCUAUAUCGAAACUUUACAAUUCUUUAGACUUUGUUCAUUUUUUUCCAGUUGUGCUAAUACGUUGUUUUUGGCGUCUCUUGUCUUCCAUGUGGCUCUUUAGCUAUCGAGUUAGCUAGAUGUAGCAAACUUAUUUUACGGUCGAGUAGUAAGUAGUUAGCCAACAACGAGAAAUUUGACCGUCCAAUGUGUUUUCAUUUUCGUUUGAGCUUGCAUGAAACACUAUUAACUUAAAUAUCAAUUGCAACAAUGUGUACCGACCGUGGAUAUUUUGUAUCCAGCUUGGAUGGCUUCGCCACUUUUACACCAAAUUUAAUUGGUCAGAUAACAAAUGGCUCGUUUGCGCAUGCAGUCAUACGUUGAAAAUGUAUAGUUCUAGAUUCUGUAAAGUGUUGGCUUGCUGCCCGUUUUAGUUGACAUUCGAUUGCCAUGUCACGAGUCUGGCAGUGAGUUCGACUAUUUCUGUCAGACACCAUAUCGAUAACGGCUUGAACUUAUUUCAUAUUGAGCAACGAGGUCGUGUCAAUUUGUUGUAAUUUGGACUGUGGAUCAUUUUAACAGUUUGAUAUGAGUAUUCUUGAAUCCAAUUUCAAACGUUUGUCGACCUGCCUGGUUUAAUGGGUCCAAUCAUCGGGAUGUCGCCGGAUAAGAAAGCUGAAACGCCGGGGAUGCAGGAGGAGAGGGCGGGGCUUAGGGGCUUAUGCGGGGGGGCGGGGACUCUCCCGGAGGCGGAGUGCGGCGCAGCCAGCCCAUUGGCCACCAGCCUGGACCGGGGAUCCGGUGGCUCCGAGGAUGAGGAGCUCACCAACCUCAACUGGCUCCAUGAGAACCUGCUCCAGAACUUUACCCUAGGGGGGCCCGGUGGGGCCCAACCCAGCGCCAGCCCCCUCUUUGACAUCGAGGGUGACCCCGGGGCCCCUCAGAACCCAUCGUCUUCAUCCUCUUACUCCUCGUCGCAGAGGGACUCUUUGAAGUCCAAGCCUCCCUUCUCAUUCUCUCUGUUGAUCUACAUGGCCAUAGAGCAGAGCCCCAGUAAGAGGCUGCCGGUGAAGGACAUCUAUGGUUGGAUCCUACAGCACUUCCCCUACUUCUCCUCCGCCCCCACCGGCUGGAAGAACAGCGUCAGACACAACCUGUCACUCAACAAGUGCUUCCGCAAGGUGGAGAGGAGCCUGGGAAAGGUGAAUGGUAAGGGUUCUCUGUGGUGUGUGGACCCAGAGUACAGACCCAACCUGAUCCAGGCCCUGAAGAAGCAGCACUUCCCUGCAGCACAUACCUUCUGCACACCGCCCGCCUCCCCACCCAGUGCCUCCCCACCACCCAGACACCACUUCCUGCAGGACUGCUCCCUCAAAGAGUCUGACAUAGAUGCUGCCACUGCCAUGAUGCUCUUAAACUCUGCCCCUGGUCAUCACCACGCCAACCCAUGUGAUCCAGACAGUCCCCUGGACCUGUCCCGGCCAGACUUGGUCCUGGUGAGCAGCGAUCCUAAGCAGGACCACAACUACAGUAGCAUGGCCCUGCAGCGCUGCUCCUCCCGCUCCUCCUCCUCCUCCCUCUCCUCCCUGGAUGAAGGAGGCCCAGGCCACGCCAGACCCCGCCCACGCCGUGCCGGCAGCGAGGGUUUCCAUAGCGACGAGGAGGACUCCGACCUCGGGGACCGGGACGAGAGGGGCAGCCACUCCCGUCCUGCUCCUCGUCGCCCCUCCCCCUCUUCCUCCUCGGUGAAGUGCCCGGCGGGUAAGAGGGCACGUAGGGAGGUGACAGCCAAGCCGGAGCUGGAUGAGGAGCUGAAGGAGGCGGCUGGGUCUCUGCUUCACCUGGCUGGGAUCCGUACCUCCAUGGAGCUCAACAAACGCAGUGCCAAGAGCAAAAAACUGAACAGGAAAUGAGGUGGUCGUACUGCCUCGCCCUCAGACUCCCGCCCCUGUAACCCUGAUCUGAUUGUGUGUCCUACUGAUAGGUCCAGGUUGUGCCGCCUCCUGCUUUUCUGAUUGCUGAUUUUUGAGCCAGUUUUUUGGUUUGACACAUGAUGGGAUGGGAAAUCCCUCCCUACCCCAACACAACAAAUGGCAAUAGUAUCAUUCACACAGGAGAAUAAAGCCAUAUUGAGACUUUUGUAACUCGGGCAUGUCAGGUGGGUGGGGUUAAGUGGGGUGCUUGGGGACUACUGUGAAGAACCAUCACAAUACCCAUCUAUCCAAACGAACUGCCUGUUUCAGAUGGCUUCGCCACAGAUCCUCGCAAUUCAAAGGAUUUUCUUCUGGAUAAAAGAAAGACAAGACCAGAAAAAGCUUAAAGUUUUUAAAACUCAAAGCAUUGCAUGCUUCCUCCUCAACCUGUAUCCUCUUCCAAGUGAACCUAUUUAUAAGAGAAUGAGUGCAUGUCUGUAACAAACAACUAACCUCUCAUCUCCUCGUCAGUUUCUCCCUUCUCCGUGCAAAAAUCAAAUAAAAACAUGCCACUGUUUUUUGAUAGGCGAUAACCUUGGUCUGGAAAUAACAUACAAAGAUAUGCAAUAAUUGAUUUGUAACCUUAAACUGCUCUUUAUAUUAUUUAAUUAGUUCAAUGUUGGUAUUUCUCUUGGGUUGAUGACAACACUGGUGUCUAAAAACAAUACAGUAUAGGGAAUGUAUUGAAGUAGUGAGAUGAUUCAUGGCACUGGCCGUUUAGAGUGUGAUCGGAACAACCUGAUCCCAGAGCAGAACACUGGACUGGUUCCAUGUCAGGGUUUAAUAGCAUGGUGGGGAAACGCAACAAAGGAAAUGUUGGAACUCUGCUACUGCCGUGUUAAGAAAAGGAAUAAAACAACGAUGACCGACUGCUAGAUUGGCAAGAGUCCACUCUGGUUUCCUCCACUGAGAGGAAAACGUCAUUACGUCGUCGUACCAUCAGAACCCACUCCUCUUCAUGGCUUUUCCUCUGUGGCCCCUCUUAUUCUGUUAUACAUACAUUAUUUGUGUUUAGUGUGUAAACUGAGAAAUGACACAUUUGACACAGGCCCCUGUAUUUGUGAUUCUUCUCUUGAUCUAUCCUGUUCUUGUCCUGUCCUACCCUGUCCUACCCUGUCCUACCCUGUCCUAUCAUGUCCUACCCUGUCCUACCCUGUCCUACCCUGUCCUACCCUGUCCUACCCUGUCCUAUCCUGUACUACCCUGUCCUACCCUAUCCUACCCUAACCCUACCCUGUCCUACCCUGUCCUAUGCAAGGUGUAUCUGGCUGAAACACAGCUAUGGUUGUAACCAUCGUGAUCCCGAGACGAUGCGCUUGCAUGAGAGCACUCACUGGCAGAUGUGCUGCUCAGUUUUCAAUCAUGUAAUAUUAGUCACACCUACUGACGCUUAGUAUUCAGGCCAAAGGGAAGUUAAGACAAGGAUUUAGUUAUAAAAACGUUGUAGUGAGGUUAGAUUGACAAUAUUGUACUACUUACUGCCUGUUGUUGGCUGUGGCAAAGUUUAGACUGUGUUGACAGAAAGAGGCUUUGGUUUGUCUUGCUCCACAAAAAGAAAACACGAAGGGAGGAGGGAGGGCAAAAUCAGGAAGCACACCACCCUCUUAGCUCCGCUGUACAGUAAUGUGUUUACUGCCAGUUGAUUGCAUAGAGUUCAGUGACGGGAAGUACAGGAUGUUGCAACAGAACUUGUGAAGAGAAGAGGCUAGACUGGUUUUCUUUCGGCGCUUGCAUGCAUUAACCUGCAUUAGUAAGCAAAAUGCCAAAAGCCCACAGCAUGCCUAUAUGAUAGAAUUGCUUUUAGUUGGUUCACUGUAUGACCGUAUACUGCCCUCUGUCAUGAGCCCACUUAAUGUAACAUUAUACAACAGAAGUGGAAAGUUAAUUCACUUCCAUAAAUAUAGAUUGCAUGCAGUGCCAAACAUUAAUUUGUGCCAUUGCGACCAUGUUCCUCUUCUCACAGUUUUUGUGUGACUGACAGUAACAUUGGUGCUCUAGAAGCCAACUAACAGGAAAUGUAGUACUCUGACCUUGUGGACUGACUGUAGUCUGACAUGCAGUUUAUUUUGGUGUUCAGGAAUGGGAAUCACUUUGUUCUUAGAACUAAGCCGCGGUUCUCCUAAAUAUGAUGGACAGAUGGACAUUUACUGUCUGUGAAUAAACAAAGAACAAAUUAAUGUUGUCCAUUAAAUCAUCAAUGUAUUUAUUAUAAUUAAUUUAUAAUGGGACGAUUGAAUGGAACUUCUAUCAAAUAAUGGUCGUUUGAAGCGAGUGGAAAGGUUACUUCCUCUGGAAAAUUAUUUUGAUUAAUUUUGUUUUAUUUUCUUCAUUUUACUGCCAUAGACCAAUACUUUCACUAUGUGAUAUAGUGAUAAAGAUAUCUGUGCUGAGAAAGUAUUUUGCCAAUAUAUUUUGUCUUUCCACGACUGCCAAGUGUACCGAUUUGUUUUGUUGUUGAACUGGAUAGAAGAAAAUUUAUGAGCAAAUUGAUCCUGAACCCUUUUUUGCCAACAGUGGUGUUGUACAGAGAAAGCCGACGUAGACAUUUCAGAUGAAUAGAUAUUCCCUAACUAUUAAGAACUUCUCUGAAAGUUGAUUUUAAUCAUCAAACUUCACAGCCUUUAUCUGAAUUAGUAUUGUUUAAGUUUAUAUAAUAUUCUGACUGCCAGAAGUAGUCGCACCAUAGAUAUUAGUUGGCGCUCCUUCUUACAUGUUAGGAUCCUGCCACCAUAGAAGUCAUCUACAUGUUCCCGAGGGUUGCCCUGGUGUUAGUCUUGGUACCCCCAUGGACUUAUGUUGAAACUUAGAUAGUUGAGGACAGUUUCCAGUAACUUGUUCAUGCUGUAGUGCUUGUAGCUAGAAGGAAGAUGUUAUCAGAUUCAAAGUGAACUUUAUCCUGAGUCUCUUAGUAAGUGAAUGUUUUUGAGAUGGAUCUUUAGGAAUACCUGCAUGACAUGGGGCUCUAAGACACACCGUGGGGUACCCCAGGGGUCUAUAUUAUUCACUUUACACAGUGAUACAUUAUGUUAGACUCAAAGCUGCAUACAUAGGAUUGCUUCAUUGUUUGAAAACUUGUUAUUGGAUAUUGAUUAUGCGAUGUAAAAAAAAAAAAUAUUUGUAUUUUUUUCAAAAAUGCAGUUGCAAUUUAUUGAUUCUGAUAAAGCGUUUUGUGUUGAACUAACUAAAGCUGCCAACCCAGUAUCAGUCAGUCGUCUGCCAUGUCUGUUAGACAGACACCUUUUGGUUUUUGUAUGCUAACCUCUGUUAAUAAAAUGUUUAUAAAGUUUAUUUUCGCCAAAGAUAUGCAAUUGCAUUAUAUAUGGUAUUACAAAAUAAAAAAAAUAUUGUUUUAUCA